GUAUCUUAAGUGUGUGGAGCUAUAGCUGAGUGUUUUCCUAAAACUUUCUAUAUUUUGCUGCAAUUUAACGAAGACAAUGAACUAUCUAAUGCAGUCAACUGUCCGCUGUCUUCGACAGAGAUGGUCAGUGUAUGCAUUGAGGGAAGUCGAUGUACAACUUGCGUCGUUGGCGUUCUCGGCGCGGCUUAUGUGUUCGGCGGCGAAAGACCUUGGUGAUCUAGUGAAGAAGGACAAAGUGGUAGUGUUUAUGAAGGGGACCCCUGCCCAGCCUAUGUGUGGCUUCAGUAAUGCCGUAGUUCAGAUCUUGAGGAUGCAUGGUGUGAAUGAAUAUGCUGCAUAUAACGUAUUGGAUGACCAGGAUCUCAGACAAGGAGUGAAGGACUACUCCAAUUGGCCCACAAUCCCACAGAUAUUCUUAAACGGAGAGUUUGUGGGAGGCUGUGACAUCCUCCUACAGAUGCAUCAGAAUGGAGAUCUGGUAGAGGAACUCCAGAAGCUGGGAAUCCGCUCUGCACUUCUGGAUGCUGAGAAAGAAUCCAAAUAGACAAAUGAGUGGGUGUCCAGUCCACAGAGAGCGGAGAAUAGACUUAGCCCCUGUUGCCCCCUAGGCCCUUGUGUUGAUCUGAGGAUAUUGGUUAGAUCAGUAUAAGUGUAAGCCAUAUAGUGCAAACACUACCUUAUAAGACACUUCUUAUAAGUUCCCUAAAGUUCACUCAGAAAACAUAAGCAAGGCGGCACUACUAGAAUGUUUUUUGUGUACAUAUCAAAUAAUUUCAGAUAAAUGAAUGUGCCUAAGGGGGAUAGGGGCUAAGUGUGUAUUUGAGACUGGGCAUAUUAAGUGCUGCCUAAAAGUCAGUGUACCUUCUACAACUCUUAUAAGGUAUGUUACACAAUAGAACCUGCUGAAGACCAAACUGCCCUCAGGUGAAUAGAUCAAUCCACCACCCAAAGGCUACCAUAAAAACUCACUACUUGUAUGUUUCCUAUUCACAUGCAGCACACAUAAUCUCACUAAAACGUUUUGUAGACAAGCUAAUUUCCACCAGUCCUCACUGGAUCAUUUUCACUUAAUGAAGAUGAUCCAUUAUCCAGUAUAUUUAGAGAGGGAAAAUUAAUGUGAUGAGAACCUUUCUUUUGUCUGUCCUAUUUGUCAAGUCAGUAGUCAUGUCGUGGAAAGCAGAGGGGAUCAGGGUUACAAUUACAGUAUUUGCACAGGGCCUUGGGCUUCCUGACAAUAUCUGCUGCAUUCAUGUUAUCUAAUGCUCAUGUAGUACAUUGUAGAUGUAAUAUUUUGUACAUUGAAAGGAUAUUAAAUGUAUUUUCUGUGG